UGUUCAAUCUCUUCCUUUUAUAAAAUAUAUGUAUAUACUUUCUUCAUCAUAAUCCACAAAACCUCGUGUUGUUGUCCUUACAAUGUCGCCUCUUAUUUGCCUCCAGGGUUUGUUUGCUUUCUUCACUCCAUUUUAUUUUACAAUUUUUUUUUUCGUUUUCAUUCAAAAGCGUGCUAAUAUAUAUUUAUAAUUUGAUGAUCCAGAGAAGAAUUCCAGUCGCAGUUUUUCCUUUCUCUUUUUUUAUUUCCAACCCCCCCCCCCCCCCAACCCUCCAAAACAGCUUUUCAAACACACUUUCUCCUCUUUUCUCUUUUAAUUUUCUCACCCCUCUAAAAAUAUUCUUUUCAUUCUUUUUUUACCUAAAAAUCUGGUCGGUAGGUCGAUUUUUGUCUAUUUCUCCCCUCAUUCAAUCUCCGCUUUUUUGGGGGAUUGAAAAAACUGGAUUUUCAUUUCUCUGCGUGUGUGAGACUGUUUUUAGCAGAAGAAUAAGAAGUAAUACAAAUCAGGCAAAUCCGGAUUAUUCCACAAUUAUUGCUGGUGAAGAAGUGCUUUUGUGCAAAGUCUGUUCUGAUCGAGCCAGCGGUUUUCACUACGGAAUAUUUUCUUGCGAAGGUUGUAAGGGAUUCUUUCGACGUUCUUUACAAAACAAAAUUGACUAUAGACCUUGCACUCAAAGUCAAAAAUGCCAAAUUGUUCGUGCAAACCGUAAUCGAUGUCAAGAAUGUAGGUGGAGAAAAUGUAUAGAGGCGGGAAUGUCUAAAGACGGUAAAUUUUUAAAUUAAGAUU